UAUGUAUGAAAAAGAAAAAAAAAUGUGAAAAAAGAAAAAAAAAAAAAAAGCGGUUUUCUCCCUCUACAAUUUCCCACCUUUUUUCUGUUGAAUAACAGAAACGACAAGAAAAGGAUCUUCACAAACCUCAAAUCAAUAAUCGCCAUUAACACUCAAAUUCAAGCUUUGCCCGGCCACAACCAUGGCGAGAAACCAAGAAAUACAAUCCGAAACCUUGCAGCCGCAGCCGCAGCUGGGCCGCACGACAUCGUCGAACACAAACACGCCUGUGCGACGCAAGAACGCGCCUUUUUUGGUAGUUUGUAGAUGUUUCAGCCUUAUCACUGCGCUGUCCGCUGUUUUUUGUAUCGCCGUCAAUGUCCUCGCCGCUGUUCGAUCUUUCAAGAACGGUUCUGAUGUAUUUGACGGGAUUUUCCGAUGCUAUGCUGUGGUGUUAGCCAUUUUUGUGGUUUUGGCCGAGACGGAAUGGAACGUGAUUUUCAAAUUCUGGAAGGUGUUGGAGUAUUGGCCUGGCAGAAGCAUGCUACAGAUCUUUGUUGCUGUUAUGACCAGGGCUUUCUCUGACUUCAUUGGAAAACAGCGUGAUCUGGUUCUUCUUCAGAGCAUAGCGGCUUAUAUGCUGCUUUCAUGUGGUGUUGUGUAUCUUGUAUCGGGGAUCCUUUGCAUUGGCUUUCUCAAACGCUCUCUCGAACAGAAAGAAAUUACGAAGGACCAAGCAGUUAAGGAUCUAGAGGAAUUGGAGAGAAGGCGACAUGAGCUUGAAGCUAUGUUACUCGAAGAAAACGUUUGAAAGGGAAUUCAUAAUCCCACUGAUUCUAAACCCCUUUUGUACAGGUUGUAGUCAUUCUUGUGAUGGUUAUAAUUUGAUGCAGUUGUAUUCAUUUUGAUUAUUCUUGACUUAUGUGAAUAAAGAGUGUUGCUAGAAGAAACCAUCUGUAGCAGAUGAAUUUGCAAAACUUAUAGUCAUUCUAUUCUUUUUUCGAUUUUGUAAAUCGAACUUCUUGAUGGUAUUUUGACGAAAUUAGUGUCUUAGAAAUUUGUGUGAGAAAAUAAUUUAGGAGCUUAGAAACAUGGUACCUCGUCUCUUGACUAUUAGCAUGUGUUAUGAUAUUUUUCGAGUUUUAGCUUGUUGGUCAGUCAAAUAACAAAACAAUAUAUUUGACAAUGAUUUUCAAGUUAGCUUUGAAGUUAACUCAAAAAGCCAAAGUGAAAAUGGUAGCUUUUUCAUUGUUU